GACCGAGAGAGAGAGAGAGGGCGAGCGAGACCGAGAGAGAGAGAGAGGGCGAGCGAGACCGAGAGAGAGAGAGAGGGCGAGCGAGACCGAGAGAGAGAGAGAGGGCGAGCGAGACCGAGAGAGAGAGAGAGAGAGGAGUGAGACAGAGAGAGAGAGAGAGAGCGAGACAGAGAGAGAGAGAGAGAGGGUUCUUUUGAAGACCCUGACCUGGAGCUACACGCUGUCUAUAGUUCUUUGCGGGAAUGGGAUCCGCUCUUGGGAUUUCACGACUAG